AAAGUGAUCAAGCAAUAGGACUUAGCACAUACAGAGCUAAAUCUAGCCUAACUUUUCAGAGAAAUCCGUUCUCUUCAUUUUAAUGGCGGCAUCGAGGAGCUACCUUGGUAGAGGAAACUACCGGUACUUCUCCGGCGAAAGGGAAGGUCCUAUGGGGACGGACUUGAUGUUUGAAUUCAACGAAUUCGACAUAUGGAACGUCGCCUCGUCGCCGGACUUUCAUAAGAACGUAACGGCUUCUCGAAUCUCGAAGAAGUCGGUACCGGCGAUGGAGAAGAGAGGAGAGGCUAGAGGAACGGCGAUGUCGCUGCCGGUUGAUGUUCCUGACUGGUCGAUGAUACUGAAGGAGGAGCUGAAUGAAAAUCGUAGGACAGGUAACGAUUACGAUGACUUUGAUGAGGAUCUGUACGGUGCUGAGAACCGAAUUCCGCCGCACGAGUAUUUGGCGAGGGGGAGAAUCGCGUCGUUUUCCGUACACGAAGGAAUUGGGAGGACUUUGAAAGGGAGAGAUCUGAGUAGGGUGCGUAACGCAGUAUGGAAGAAAAUCGGAUUUGAAGAUUGAAAACGAAGGAUUUGCUGAUAAUUAAUGAUCCAAAAUUUUGCCUACAAAAUCAACUAUAGUAAUUGCUAUUAUACUUUCUUCUUAUGCAUACUCUUAGAUCCGCCAUGAAAAUAUUCUUUUGUUUCAUCUGAUUUCAGUUUUCAUCAGUUUGUUAGGUUUAGACGGAUUAAUUGGUUACUACGAAUGCAAUUUGCAAAUUUUGAGACGAAAUGAGGAUUUUGUUUUGAUGA